GGCAAGUGCGCAACUCGUAGUUCGUACUUCAAACUGCCGAAAUCCGCGCGGCUUGCAUUUAACAAUAAUAACAAUAUAUGACGGUGGCUUUUACGUAUUUUGCUGAUAAACAGAUAAAACAACAGAAGACAAUAAUAACAUAGAAUAAUAUUGUAUUUGUAUUAUAGUUUAAGAGGAUUGGCUGCUCUCACGUCUUAUCCGCCCAAUCUUUGCCUUUGCCUACAAUACAACUAUUCCCUAACCGUUCGUGUCCGUUCCUGACUUGUUUUAGUUAUGGCCGAUCAAAAAUCAAAUGAGAAUCAAAAUUCUGAAUUUUGUAAGCCUAAGGAUCCCAAAGAUGUUGAAAAAGCUCAAGAAGAGUGUAUGAAGAAACAAUAUCAAAUGAAAUCAAAUUGGCCUCCAGUCAGUGGUCAUUCUGCUCUCCUCCAAAAACGUUUAGCUAAAGGGCAAAAAUUUUUUGACUCUGGUGAUUAUCAAAUGGCUAAACAGGCAGGUAAUGGUAAUAAAUUGAUUAAUAAUCGUCCUGUGCAACAAGUAUUGGGUUUUGGUACUGGAGAUACCAUACCGACACCAGACACAGUUCCAGCACGUAAGACCUCCAUUAUUCAGCCAAAAUUUAACUCAAGUUCCACUCCAUCAUCCACUACGUGAUUUGUAUGUCUAAUGGGUUAUUAAUAUUUAUUUACAUUUAUUUUAUUCAGUAAUUUAGUUCAAUCAAAUGUUAAUAAUUUUAAUUUUGUUAAU